AUGGACGGUCAGCGCCCAACUCAACCCGAUCUCGACAAUGCACCUCAAUGGCGCUGGGACUCGUGGAGAGUCGGACUCGAUCCUGAAUCGCUUUUCACGACUUUAAGCGAACAAUACAACAAGGUCUCUUGCGACAUCCAAUCCCCCGAAGCGUUCCAUCACGACGUAUCCUCAAUCGUCCUCCAGGCGAGAAAUCUCGAAGACUUCCAUCAUAGACUGUCGAAGCGACGCGAGGAGCGCCUGCGCGAGCUACGAACAGCCUGGACUCGAGUCAUCCAAAACUUCUAUGGCUGGCGGCCAAUUCGACUUGGCCAAGAUGAGGACCCAAUAUAUUCGGCUUUCGGAAAAAUGGUUGGGAACUUAUCCUUCGAGUCUAUUAUUUGUUAUGCCGACGCGCAUAUACCCGACGACCGCAAAUAUUCCCCGACCUUGAGCAACUUGGAUCCCGAGGCAAAACCGCUAUCGCCAGACAGCGGACCUGACGCUGGCCCAGACCAGAAGGUGCUGCAACGACCCGAAGAGCCCCGGCUGCCGGCGUGGCCGCCAAAGCCAACGACCCGGCCUGCACAUGCUUUAUUAACAUCGCCGCCGGGAUACUGCAACCGCAAACCGCCCGAAAAGAUCGUGCCACCGAGUUUAUUGACACCAGCCGGCGACGAUGAGGACGUGACGGUUGAGUCUGCGGCUGCUGGCUCUUCCAAGAGCAUACGGAAGCAAUCGAGCACGGAGCAGGGAAAGGAGUGGCAACUCAAGCGGGGACAAAGCCAGGAACUGGAAGCAAAGGAAUAUAGCACUGCACUUAAGCCAGCGGACAUCCUGUCCCCUAGCGGCAGCGGCUGCAGCAAUCCAAAACGGCAGCAGCAGAGCAUUCAACUGGAGUAUGGGCAGGACACUGUUGCAGGCGACGAUAAGGACUCACCGUCAAGGACAAUGUUUGCGUCAGCAGUGUUACCACGACGAAAAAGCGCCUAUUUGGGGAUAACAUCGUCACCAACGUUGACCAGCGUUCGGAGUUGCAAAAAGCGGCCGCGCACACCAGAAUCACCCGGCAGUGACGAUGGGCCGACCUGCAAAAGGAACCGGACGAGAGUCUUCGCCUCGCCGAAGUAA